UUCUUCUUGUUCCUUCUUCCCUCUUCUUCAUUCUAACUAUAUAUAAAUAGCGCACACCUCACACACUUCGUUACUCGUCAUUUUCCCAUAACAACCACCUCUAAAGAGAGACACACCUCACUCUCCAAAGAAACAAAGAAAAGCAACAACAUAAUGGCUUCUUCUGCUUCUGUUGGUGCCUCAGCUCGCGUGGAUCUGGAUGGGAACCCGAUAAAGCCAUUAACGAUCUGCAUGAUCGGUGCCGGAGGGUUCAUUGGCUCACACCUUUGCGAGAAGCUCAUGUCCGAAACGCAGCACAAGGUUCUCGCAUUGGAUGUCUACAACGACAAGAUCAAGCACCUCUUGGAGCCCGAUAACCUUCCAUGGCACGGUCGCAUCACCUUCCACCGACUCAACAUCAAGCACGAUUCAAGGCUCGAAGGUCUCAUCAAGAUGUCGGAUCUGACGAUAAAUCUGGCUGCAAUUUGCACCCCUGCGGAUUACAAUACCCGUCCCCUUGACACAAUUUACAGCAACUUCAUCGAUGCUCUCCCUGUGGUGAAGUACUGCUCUGAGAAUAACAAGAGGCUUAUUCACUUCUCUACUUGUGAAGUGUAUGGGAAAACGAUUGGAAGCUUUCUCCCCAAAGAUAGUCCUCUUCGUCAGGAUCCUGCAUACUACGUUCUUAAAGAAGAUGAGUCUCCAUGCAUUUUUGGUUCGAUUGAGAAGCAGAGAUGGUCCUAUGCCUGUGCAAAGCAGUUGAUUGAGAGGCUGAUUUAUGCUGAGGGUGCUGAAAAUGGUAUGGAGUUCACAAUUGUGAGGCCUUUUAAUUGGAUUGGACCUAGAAUGGAUUUCAUUCCUGGCGUUGAUGGUCCUAGUGAGGGUGUUCCCCGGGUUCUUGCAUGCUUUAGCAAUAAUCUUCUCAGAGGGCAGCCCCUCAAGCUAGUGGACGGUGGCCAAUCCCAGAGAACCUUUGUUUACAUCAAGGAUGCUAUUGAAGCUGUAACACUGAUGAUUGAAAACCCUGCCAGGGCUAAUGGACAUAUCUUCAAUGUGGGUAACCCCAACAAUGAGGUUACAGUUCGGCAGCUUGCUGAAAUGAUGAUUAAGGUAUACUCAAAGGUAAGUGGAGAACAACCUCCAGAGACGCCUACAAUCGACGUCAGCUCGAAAGAAUUUUAUGGCGAGGGAUAUGACGAUAGCGACAAGAGAAUUCCUGACAUGACCACAAUAAACAGGCAACUUGGAUGGAACCCAAAGACCUCACUUUGGGACCUGCUUGAGUCCACACUGACCUAUCAGCACAGGACAUAUGCUGAAGCCAUUAAGAAAGUCAUUGCUAAACCUGUUGCAAGUUGAGCUUAUGCAGUAAUGGGGUUGUAUACUACUAUUAUACUACAAACGUUUCAGAAGGGUUUAUUUUCUGGUCUUAAAAGUGUUCCACUAACCCAUCAUGGGGCCAUAACGCAUAUUUUACUCUUGGUUUUGCAUACAUUGUGAAAAUGUUCGUAGCCAAUAGGAAUUUAGCCCAAUUCCAAAAUCAGCACGUGCUCUAAGGUGUGUCUAUUGAUUGAUUAGUUGGAAUUACAUAUGGGCAAUUUGUGUAUUUUUAAUAGCUUUGUGCUACUAGACAUGUUGAAGGCCUUUUAUAGAUUUUUAUUUUUUGUUUUUUAUUUUCAUAUUUUGUUGUUUUAGAUGGCUGUCGGUCACUACUGUGUUGUCAUUCCAGAUCUGAUGUAAGUGUAAAACAUUUUGUUUGACCCUCUAAGCCAUGUGCUCUAAAUUAUUUGUCAUUAAUUUAUUCUGUUAAA